AUGGAUUUCGAUGCUCUACUUGUUGAGGUUGGCGAUUUUGGUCCAUUUCAAAUUACAUUAUUUUUUGUAAUUUGUUUGCCGGUAAGUUUACCAUCUGCAUUUUCGGCUUUCAAUCAGCCAUUUGUUGUUGGUCAGCCGAAUCAUCGUUGUCGUUUGCCAGAAGGACGUGAAGAUUUAAGUCCAAUAAAUGAAUUUGCUACACCGGAUGAAAUGAGUUGUCAACAGUAUAAUGCAACUGAAGUUGAUCAACUUUUGAAUUCUAGUAUUAAUUUGAUCAAUGAAAGGGAAUAUUUGAGGAAUUUAUCACUGAUAUCAUGUCAAAUAGGUUGGAUCUACGAUGAUAACAUCUAUAUUGAUACAUUAGUCACUGAGUAUGAUUUGGUAUGUGAUCGAAAAUAUUGGGUUGAUUUAACAAGUAUGGCAUUUUACAUUGGUAGUUUCAUUGGUAAUGUUUUAUUUGGAUAUAUUGCUGAUAAAUUUGGACGACGUGUAUCAUUUUUCUCAAUUCUUGCAACACUUGUAAUAUGUGGUACAAUGAAUGCAUUUGCAUGGGAUACGUAUUCUUUUACUGUAUUACGAUUUCUUACCGGAUUAGCAUUUCCGGCACUUUUUCAAUUACCUUUUAUUUUAAGUAUGGAAUUUAUGGGUAAAUCGGGUCGAAUAUUUUCUAGCAUUAUGCUUGAUGUUUUCUUUGGUGUAGCAAUGGUUCUUCUUGGUGUCUUAGCAAUGCUUAUCCGUCGAUGGCGACAAUUAAUUUUCUUUAGCAAUGCACCGUUUAUUAUUUUAUUCAUUUAUUAUUUCAUUGUUCCGGAAUCACCACGAUGGCUGGUUUCGGUUGGCCGUUAUGAUGAUGCUAAAACUAUUAUUAAACGUUUAGCAAAAAUUAAUGGACGAAAUGAGGUAGAUGUUGAUGAAUUAAUGAUAAAAUUUGCCGCAAAUAGUUGCAAUUUAACAGCGCAUUCAAACAAAUAUAAUUUAAUUGAUUUAUUUCGAACACCAAAUCUUCGCAAGAAAACCAUUCUUAUCACUUAUAUUUGGUUUGUGAAUGCAGUUGUUUAUAAUUGUUUAACAUUUAAUAUAUCAAAUCUACCUGUUAAUGAUUUCUUAUCAUUUAUUAUCAAUGGUGCUGUAGAGCUGCCAGCUUACUUCCUUAUUUGGCCAUUACUUGAUGCUAUCGGACGUCGAUGGUCACUAGCAGCACCUAUGAUACUUGCAGGCUUAGCAUGCAUUUCAACAAUUUUAACAUCAAUUACUCAUGCACAUCAUCCAUUAUUUAUUGCAAUAAUGGCAUAUGUAGGAAAAUUUGGUAUAGCAGCAAGUUUUGCCGUAAUAUAUCUAUUUUCCGGUGAAUUAUAUCCGACUGUUGUACGUGCCCUCGGUAUGGGUAUGAGUUCAAUGGUUGCCGGAUCCGGACUUAUUCUUGCACCGUAUGUUGUACGACUGGGUGAUUACUUACGUAUCCUACCAUUAAUAAUUAUGGGUUUACUUGCAAUAUCAGCCGGAAUAGCAUCAUUAUUCUUACCGGAAACAAAAGGUAAACCAAUACCGCAAACAUUGGAAGAAGCAGAACUAUUCGGAGAAUCUCAAAAAUUUUAUUUCUUUACAAAACGGCAGGAGAAUAUUUCCGGAACAUACACAAGUUUAGCAGCGCUUAGUACUGAAAGACAUUCUGAAAUUUUAAUUACAGAAAACAAAUCUUUUGCCGGAUUUUUGAUGACAGAUGAGAACUCCAAAGAAGUUUUGGUUUGA